UUGGAGCAAUUUGCAACAUCUGUUAUCGUACAAAAGCUUCAAGACAAUAUGGGUAUUCCAAAUGACACUGACUUGCUUCACCCUCCUGAUGAGCUUGAGAAGCAAAAGCACAAGCUUAUGCAUUUGGUCCAAUCACCUAAUUAUACUUUUCUGGAUGUCAAAUGUCAAGGCUGCUUCCAAAUAACAAAAAAAUGCAGCCAGUCGCAAACCGUGGUUACAUGCCCCAAUUGCCAGCAAGUGCUAUGCCAGCCAACUGGUGGCCGCGCAAAACUUAUUGAAGGAUGCUCUUUUAGGGUUAAAGAGAAGAUAUGAUAGUCUUGGGUUGAUACUUGCUAGAGGUGCUUUUAAGCUAUGAUAUAUUUUAAACUAGGUUUUUAAAGAAUGAGUUGGUCAAGAGAACUUUUCCUUUGCUCAGUACUUUUUUAGAUGGCAUUCUGACUAUAAUAUUGUCCAUCUUGUUAGUCUUGACACAUUUUGAAGUAAUUAAUCUUCUACUCCA